AUGAGGCCAGUGAAACCGGCAGGACCGGGGGUUGGCUGCGCGCUUUCGCCGGAUCUACACAGCACAAGCCGGAACGUUGUUCGCACUUCUGGCGGCGGCGACAUGAGUAAGCUGCAGAGUGAUGCGCUGAGGGAGGCGAUUGCCUCGAUUACCAAUGAUUCCCGUGAGAAGCAGCGCAAGUUUGUUGAAACCAUUGAGCUGCAGAUUGGUCUCAAGAACUAUGACCCUCAAAAGGACAAGCGUUUCAGUGGUUCUGUUAAGCUGCCUCACAUCCCUCGCCCUAAGAUGAAGGUUUGCAUGCUUGGUGAUGCUCAGCAUGUUGAGGAGGCCGAGAGAAUAGGUCUAGACAGUAUGGAUGUGGAAGCCCUCAAGAAGAUGAACAAAAACAAGAAGCUAGUCAAGAAGCUGGCAAAGAAGUACCAUGCUUUCCUUGCGUCUGAGGCUAUCAUUAAGCAAAUUCCUCGUCUUCUUGGUCCUGGUCUUAACAAGGCAGGAAAGUUCCCUACCUUGGUGACUCACCAGGAAUCCCUUGAGUCCAAGGUUAAUGAGACAAAGGCUACAGUUAAGUUUCAGCUAAAGAAGGUGCUUUGCAUGGGUGUUGCUGUUGGCAACUGUGGUAUGGAGGAGAAGCAGAUCUUCCAGAAUGUGCAAAUGAGCGUCAACUUCCUCGUGUCACUCUUGAAGAAGAAUUGGCAGAAUGUGAGAUGCCUGUACCUCAAGAGCACUAUGGGAAAGGUGUACCGGGUGUUCUAA